AUGAUCGAAGUUCCUUUCCUGAGCUCUGGCGAUUCCAUGAAUGAGUUAAUGUUGUUACUGAACGACGAUGUCAGUCUCUAUUCGAAAGGAGAAACAUUGAAGCUUGGAGGACCGUUAAACGGACCUCCGCGACACGCAGUGGUGAUCUGGGAAUAUCAUCGUACUGGUUCCCGAAUGUGUGGAGAUGUAAGCUCCGACGGCCAUGACUGUGGAAAUGACGACGUAGAUGGCGCAGAUGGUGACGAUGACGAUCACACCGAAAAACUCACUGCCUCUUUCUGCUUCGUCUUUUCCCAUGAAACCCUCCACCCAAUCGUUGAGAGCGGGAACCAGGCCGGAUUUUAUACCGUCGUAUGUUUGCUUCACGUUUCCAUAAACGUCGUUGUUGUUGUAGUUCGCCAGGACGUCAUCGUGUCAGAAUUGGUUUGCGAAUCUUUGGCUUUCAAUUUAAGCGUCAGAAUUCUCACCAAAUUUAGAAUGGCGACGAGCAGGACUCCUUUCCUCAGGUCGCAACAUCCGCAACAGUUCUUCACCACAACCAUGUUUUUCGCAGUUUCUUCUCCUUGUUUCCGCUUUGGUCUUUCGAAACGAUUCCAAUGUCUGUGGAUUCUUUCCGCCGCCUUCACAGCAGCCACAUUGGGGCUAAUGUGGCGGCUCUUAACCAACGUGGCGGCUGUCAAUGAAAAUGGCGGAAUUGCAUUGGAUGACCUGGAGGCAACCCUUAGAAAGAAUGCCAAUACUCCUGAAUCGGAAGAUUAA